AUGGCCCACCAAAAAGAUCCCAAGAAGAAAAAAAACGCCGUCCCUCUUUCGCUCCACCGUGUUAACAACAAGCAGAGACCAGAACAGCCUGCAGAUGGGAUCGCGGUGGCACACGGUACGGUAUACCCAUCCCAUCCCAUCCACAGUCUCCGAUCCAGAUCUUCGGGAACGCAACCAGAACUCCCGGAUCGAUUCAAGAGAAAAUAGGAGACACCGCACCGUACCUUUCGGCUUCAACCCCAAGAAUUGGCCCAGUAACAGGGUCCCGAGGAUCCCGAGAUCUCGAUUAA